CCUCCAAUCCACCACCUGAUUAUCCAUCACUCCAUCAGCCACUCCGAUCGACCCCCCACCGCCGCUGCCACCAAUGGAGUCCCCCUCCUGGACUGCCUAUGCCGCCGCGUGGCUGGCCACCCUAGCCCUCCUCCUCCUCUCCCGCCGCCUCCGCCUCCGCCGAAGCAACUACAACCUCCCCCCGGGCCCAAAAUCCUGGCCCAUCAUCGGGAACCUGAACCUCAUCGGCCCCCUCCCGCACCGGUCCCUCCACGAGCUCUCCAAGACCUACGGCCCGCUCAUGCAACUCCACUUCGGAUCUUUCCCCGUCGUCGUGUUCUCCUCAGUCGAGAUGGCCAAGGCCGUCCUCAAGACCCACGACGUCGCCUUCGCCGGCCGGCCCAAGACUGCCGCAGGCAAAUACACCACCUACAACUACUCCGACAUCACCUGGUCGCCCUACGGCCCCUACUGGCGCCAGGCCCGGAAGCUGUGCAUUAUGGAGCUCUUCAGCACGAAGCGUCUCGAGUCCUACGAGUACAUCCGGACGGAGGAGCUAAUGUCCCUCCUCAGGAGCAUGUACAUCUCCAGGGGCGCGCACCUCACGUUGAAGGACCACCUGACCGACCUGAGUCUCAACGUGAUAAGCCGGAUGGUCCUGGGGAAGAAGUACACCGAGGAGACCGAGAACUCCAUAAUCAAGCCGGAGGAGUUCAAGAAGAUGCUUGACGAGCUGUUCCUGUUGAACGGCACGCUGAACAUCGGGGACUCGAUCCCGUGGCUCAAUUUCCUGGACCUCCAGGGCUACAUCAAGAGGAUGAAGGCGUUGAGCAAGAAGUUCGACCGGUUCUUGGAGCACGUCUUGGACGAGCACAACGAGAGGCGAUGCCGGGUCGCGAACUACGUUGCCCAGGACAUGGUGGACGUGCUCUUGGAAUUCGCCGACGAUCCGAACCUCGAAGUGAAGAUCGAGAGGGAAGGAAUCAAAGGGUUCACUCAGGACCUAAUCGCCGGCGGGACCGAGAGCUCGGCCGUGACGGUGGAGUGGGCAAUAUCAGAGCUCCUGAAGAGGCCGGAGAUCUUCAAGAAGGCCACGGAGGAGCUGGACAGCGUGAUCGGGCGAGACAGGUGGGUGACUGAGAAGGACAUUGCGAGCCUGCCCUAUGUCGACGCCAUUGCCAAGGAGGCCAUGCGGCUCCACCCGGUGGCGCCGAUGCUCGUGCCACGGAUGGCGAGGGAGGAUUGCACGAUCGACGGCUACGACAUCCCCAAGGGCACCCAGGUCCUUGUCCUCGUGUGGAGCAUCGGGAGGGACCCCGAGCUCUGGGACAACCCGGAGGAGUUCCGGCCUGAGAGGUUCCUCGGGAGGGACAUCGACGUGAAGGGCCAGAGCUUCGAGCUCCUGCCGUUUGGGUCCGGGAGGAGGAUGUGCCCGGGGUACAGCCUCGGGCUCAAGGUGAUUCAGGCGAGCUUGGCCAAUCUAUUGCACGGGUUCAAUUGGAAGUUGCCCGGGGGGAUGAGUAAGGAGGACUUGGACAUGGAGGAGAUCUUUGGGCUCUCAACGCCUAAGAAGAUCCCACUCGUUGCUAUGGCUGAGCCUAGGUUGCCGGAUCAUAUGUACUCCAUGUGACUUUGUGCGGGUCUUGUUGCUACUCUCUUAUGUUGUUGUCGUUUUGCUUUAGCUAACGAGGGAAGCUUCGUGAUGUUAAGAUCUUGUCUUCAAUCGAAUUUGUAACUCCUAAGUAAUUAAGCAUCACGAAUAGCUAAUAAGAUCUGUUCGUCGAUGCCACCAUCAUACAGCAGUUC